UGCCGCUGCCCAGUUACAAGUUCUCCAGGAGUUGGUACCUGGCGGCCGUACCGCAGCCCUGGGCCGACCGACGAGAUGCCGAACGGAAGCCGCUGCCCGGAUUGCGGCUCCUCCGAGCUCGUGGAAGAUUCGCAUUAUUCUCAGAGCCAGCUGGUGUGCUCCGACUGCGGCUGCGUGGUCACCGAAGGGGUCCUAACUACCACCUUCAGCGACGAGGGCAACCUCAGGGAAGUGACAUAUUCUCGAAGCACUGGGGAAAACGAACAAGUUAGUCGCUGCCAGCAACGAGAUCUCCGUCGAGUAAGAGACCUGUGUCGGAUUCUGAAGCUGCCGCUAACGUUUGAGGAUACAGCAAUUUCCUACUACCAGAAGGCAUAUCAGCUGUCUGGCAUCCGAGCUGCCAGGCUGCAGAAGAAGGAAGUGUUAGUCGGAUGCUGUGUUUUAAUCACCUGUCGGCAACAUAACUGGCCCCUCACCAUGGGAACCAUCUGCACGCUGCUCUAUGCCGAUCUGGAUGUGUUUUCUGGCACCUACAUGCAGAUGGUAAAGCUCCUGGGGCUGGAUGUGCCUUCCCUGUGCCUGGCAGACUUGGUGAAGUCUUACUGCAGCAGCUUCAAACUGUUCCAAGCGUCCCCAUCCGUGCCAGCCAAAUACGUGGAGGACAAAGACAAGAUGCUGUCUCGAACCUUGCAGUUGGUGGAGCUGGCAGAUGAGACGUGGCUAGUGACUGGACGGCAUCCCUUACCCAUCAUCACUGCAGCCACCUUCCUGGCAUGGCAGUCUCUGCGGCCUUCAGACCGGCUGACCUGCUCUCUUGCCCAGUUUUGUAAAUUGGCAAAUGUGGACCUGCCCUACCCAGCUGCGUCUCGCCUGCAGGAGCUCCUGGCCGUGCUCCUUCAGAUGGCCGGCCAGCUGGCCUGGCUACAGGUUCUAAAACUUAACAAGCGGUCAGUGGUGAAACACAUUGGUGACCUUCUCCAGCACCGCCACAUGCUGGUCCGAACAGCUUUUCGAGAUGGAACAGCAGAAGUGGAGGCCAAGCAGCAGCAGCAGCAGGGACAAGGACAGCAGGACGAGGUGGGGGAUGGUCCCUUCGAUUUGCCCAAGAGGAAACGUCCCGCCAGUCCCACUCCCCUCCUGCCCCCCUGCAUGUUGAAGCCCCCCAAGCGGACCCACACCUUGCCCUCCGAAUCUGCAGUGACUGGUGAUGAGGAUAUUUCGGAUAGUGAAAUAGAGCAGUAUUUGCGCACCCCUCAGGAAGUUAGAGACUUUGAGAGAGCCCAAGCUGCUAGCCAGGCAGCCAUGCGUGUCCCUAACCCUCCCUGAUGCACAUUCUUUAAGGUGUCUUCAGUUCUGACUGCAAUUUAUUAACAGGCCUGUUGUGUUGCAA